CUUCAACAUCCUCUGUUACAUGCAUCCAAUAUGGUUCCUUCAGAGUUGAACCUCAUUCGGGAGAUUGUAGGGAUAAUAGGAAACGUCUGUGCUCUCAGUCUAUUCUUGUCCCCUACGCCGACAUUUGUUGGGAUAGUGAAAAAGAAAUCCGUGGAAGAAUACUCCCCAAUGCCAUACUUGGCAGCUUUGAUGAAUUAUUUGGUUCGUAUGCUUUAUGCCCUUCCUAUGGUGCACCCUGAUAGUGCAUUGCUCGCUUUGCUCAGUGGUAUAGGGAUCGUCACAAAUAUUGUUUUCCUAGUUAUUUUUUUCAUGUUCUGUGGCUGCAAAAAGAAACGGCUGGUUAUAACCGCUAUUUUAGCUGUUGAACUCGCUUUUGUAGCUGUCCUUGCUUCAACGGCACUGACUCUCCAACACUCAACGUCCCAGAGGACAUUGAGUGUUGGAAUAGUCUCUUGUAUCUUUAACACAUUAAUGUAGUCUCCUCUAUCUAUUAUGAAAAUGGUGAUAGAAACUAAAAGUGUGGAAUUCAUGCCAUUUUGUCUGUCUCUAGCUGGUUUACUUAAUGCUUCCGCUUGGACGGCUUACGGAUUUCUUCCGUUCGACCCGUACAUGGCAAUACCAAACGGAAUAGGCUGCGCACUUGGAUUGGUCCAGUUGAUCCUAUACGGUGUUUACUACAAGUCGACCAAAAAACUGAUGGCGGAAAGGCAGUGUUUGAUUGGGGUGUAAGACCUCUCAUCUCUUAAAAGUUGGGCUUCUUCGUUGGGUUUUAGGCUUUAUCACGUUUCG